AUGCGGUUUCUUGUCUGGGGACACAAGGGCUGGAUUGGUCAAAUGUUCACUCAACUGCUCGCAACAGCCGGACACGAGGCGGUGGGCGCCACUUCCCGUGCAGAUGAUGUGGACGCCGUGCAGCAGGAGUUAAUAGAUGUGCGGCCGGAUCGUGUUGUUAGUUUUAUUGGCCGCACGCGCGGUGGGGCCUUUCUCACUAUUGACUACCUUGAACAGCCUGGAAAGCUGCUGGAGAACAUGCGGGAUAACUUGUGGGCUCCCGUUGUACUUGCACAGAUGUGUGCGCAGCGGGAUAUUCACUUUACGUAUCUUGGAACAGGAUGUAUUUUUCACUAUGAUGAGACCACACACACUAUUGAUAGUGGAGUUGGAUUUGAUGAAGAGAAUCCUCCAAAUUUUUUUGGUUCAUCAUACAGUACAGUAAAGGGAUACACAGAUCGACUAAUGCGUUUACUUUUCAACACUACUACACUUAACGCUCGUAUUCGAAUGCCUAUUUCUUCAGAUGAUAGUCCAUAUAAUUUUAUUACCAAAAUUGUAAACUAUGAUAAGGUUGUAAACAUUCCUAAUAGCAUGACCGUAUUACCAGAGAUGCUACCUAUUUUAAUGGAGAUGUCCAUAUCUAAAGUUACAGGUACUAUUAAUUUAACGAAUCCUGGUGCCAUCUCGCAUAAUGAAGUAUUGGAUCUGUAUAAAAAAUAUGUUGAUUCUUCUUUUACAUAUAAGAACUUUACUAUUGAAGAACAAAAUAAAAUUCUUCUCUCAGCUCGUAGUAACAAUUUGUUAGAUACAACUCGUCUAACUCAAUUGUUUCCCCAAGUAGACGAUAUUCACACUGCUGUAGAAAAGAUUUGUAUGGAAAUUGCUAACAAGUACCCUAAAGGUCUUGCAAAGAAAAAUAUAACUCAAUUAGAAAAAUCAUCUUAG